GAACGGGCCCGUAGGUCCAUACGUAAAACGAAAGGGGAACCAAUGGUGGUGUUUAGUGUUUACGAAAAUCAAAAAUCUUGUUCACCCUUUUCGGUUUUCUAUCAUUCUACAAAAUCCCUCGUUUCCUUCUUUAUUCCCAUUUCCCACCCUUUCAUCAUUCAUCGCCUUUGGCCACCACCCAGAUUCUCCUCUCACCACGCUUCCCUCUUCGCUCGCCAAAUUUCCAUUCUUUCCAUCAGAUCCGCAACUCCACCCAUCCAUGACGCUUGGCUCAGGAGGAUCCAGUGUCGUGGUUCCAAGGAACUUCAGAUUGCUGGAGGAACUUGAACGUGGAGAAAAAGGAAUUGGAGACGGCACGGUUAGCUAUGGAAUGGAUGAUGGUGAUGACAUUUACAUGCGCUCUUGGACUGGCACCAUUAUAGGCCCCCAUAAUACUGUACACGAAGGAAGAAUUUAUCAAUUGAAGCUAUUUUGUGAUAAAGACUACCCAGAAAAGCCCCCAAGUGUUCGAUUUCAUUCACGGAUCAACAUGACUUGUGUUAAUCAUGAAACUGGAGUGGUUGAACCAAAGAAAUUUGGUCUUCUUGCAAAUUGGCAAAGAGAGUACACCAUGGAGGAUAUACUGACUCAGCUGAAGAAAGAAAUGGCAGCUCCUCAUAACCGAAAGCUUGUGCAGCCUCCUGAAGGAACCUACUUUUAGCAUCCAAGAUGGUAUAGAUGGUAUUGCAUAUGCUGUAUGCAAUAUAUAGUGUGUAAUGCUUUGUGGAUCCUUCCUUCUGAAUUCAAGAACAUAUUGGGGAAUGCCCCAAAAAGCUUCAUAUUUCCAUCUCCAUGACUUCAUAGUUGUUUUAUGGUCUUUGUCAACUGUGCUGAAGGGGACUGUUUGAUUAAAAUAUUGUGUGUCAAAUAUUUCGAAAGCAACUCCUUAAGUAGUAUUUUCCCUUCAAAUUUAAAGGCGCUUUCAAUUUUAGUCUUUCUUCUUAUGACUUCACUUUCUUUCUCCCUUGUAAGUAAGCUUCAGCCAAAUGGAAAAUUGGCAAUGGCCAUGUGGAUGUGUCUUUGGUUUGGUGCUUGUUUAGUUCGAUAGUAUCUAAAAUAU